GCGCACGGUGACGAGACACCGGACCGUCGGACGCGACAGUGGAGCUGGGGACAACCGACCAGACCGCGCGCCAUCCCACACAGUGCAUAUCGAUCUCGCUCCUUCCCGCAGGCGUGCACUCCCGCCAUCACAACCACUCCCCGCACUCUCGCGCGCCUUUUUGGCACAGCAGCACCACCAGCACCGCUCCAUGUCCGUCUCGCCGCCAAAAGCUGCUAUCUCUCGUCCCCGUCCCCGUCGCGUUCCUCUUGGCGGUUGGCGCCGCGCGCAUGCGCGCCGGCUCCUAUAUAAAAAGCGAGCAGCAGCACGCCGGAGGCUUUCCGCAUCGGCGAGCGAGCGAGCUAGCCGGAGUGUGUCCGAGUGCGUGUGGUCGUCUGCCGGUGCCGGAUCGAGUGGUGGGAUGGCAGGAGGCGGCAGGGGCGCUGCGGCUGCCGCAAGCGCUCUAGUGCUGGUGGCUUUGUUGUGCUCGCUGCCCUGCGGCCUUGCUGCGCAGGGCCGCGUGGCGAGGAAGAACCUCGGCAUCGGCCUGGGCGGCGGCGGGCAGGGGCUGGGCCUCGGCCUCGGCCUGGGGGUCGGCGUCGGAGCAGGCACCGGAGGAGUGUCCGUGUCCGGGUCUGGCUCGGGGUCCGCGUCGGCGCCCGUGGUGGGGUCCACGUCCGGGUCCAGGUCCGGGUCCGUAUCCGUGGGAGGGGCCAGUUCGUCCGCCGGCUCAAGCGCUGGAUCGUCCGCGGGGUCCACUGGGUCGGGGGCCGGAUCCUCUGCGGGCUCCGGCGGUGGGCAAGGGUAUGGGCAGGGUGGUGGGAGCGGGUCUGGGUCUGGGUAUGGCGAGGGUAGUGGGUCUGGGAGUGGGUCGGGCAAUGGGGUGGUGGGUAUAGGGAGUGGACAGGGGUAUGGUCAUGGUUCUAACUCCGGUGGAAACCCUUGAAGUCAUAAAUGUUUCUUGUUGUAUCCUGCAGUGUAUUUUGUUCUACUAGUAGAACAUAUUAUCUUUCCUUUUUCUGUGUAAAGGAAAUAGUUUGUGUGUGAGAUCUUACUCAGCCGAUGGAUGAACGGAAGUGGUCCUAAGUAGAGAGAGAUGGUAAUCAAGUAGCUAGCAAAUGUCUUAGCGUUGUUACCUAGACGUUGUAAACACUCUGUGGCUUGGUUAGGAUAAACUUCUGCGUGUGUUUGGCCCUUCCUGAGUGCCGAUUGUAAUUGGUAUAAGCCUAGCUAAUAAAUAUUCUCUCUUUGCUCGCAAAAGAAAGAAAUAGUUUGUGUUUGGCAUUUCAGGUUUUUAUUGGGUAGCUCACUGUCUUG